AUGCGACUCGGUCCACGAGAGCUACUCGAGUAUAACGCGAAAUACAAAGUGAUUAUCUGCCGAGAAUGCCACUACGCUAUUCAGAAAAAUGCAUUGGGGAGCCACUUGCUCCGCCACAAAAUUUACCGAGAAGAAAAGCUUCGUUUACUCUCCACCAUCCAUCAACUCGACAUCGUUGAACCGGGUGAGAUUUCACUGCCCAGCCCAAGUACACGGCCAGUUGAUGCCCUACCCGUAGUGUCUGGGUAUUCCUGUACCAUGACCGGGUGCAGACAUCUCUGUGCAAGCUCUAAACGUAUGAUACGCCACUGGAGUGAUAUCCACAGUGUUACUGGGUUGAAUGAUUUUGCCUCUCAUGCACGCUCAGUGAACCUCCAGACUUUCUUUCGCGGUACAAAACUUAAGUACUUCGAGGUCUCUGAGCCAAGUAAAGCCACAGAGUCACUGGAUUUUGAAGAAGAGGAUGGACAUGACAGAGAGGGCACCGGUGUGAAUGAAGUACCAUCACCAGCACAGCUGAGGUCACUUUCCGAGACUUCUCCAGUGGUGGACCUAGAGACAUUGGCCUAUUUCCAUCAUUUCACCAAUACAACGUGUCUGACACUUCCUACAAUCGAUGAUUCUCUGCCAGGGUCACAAUACUGGGGGAUAUCCAUCGUUUCGUUGGCGCUACGACAACAGUGGCUGAUGUGCGGAUUGCUGGCCAUUUCCGCGUACCAUUUAGCUACGCUGGAGGACGAAACAACAACACAACAAAAGCACUGUGAGCGGGGGACAAAGCUCCGUUUUGAAUUCUUCGUCGGGUUAAAGGAGAUAAUGAACAAUACUCCAAACGUUGUACCCACCGAUACUUUCCAGAAAACGAAAACGGCUGCUAUUCAAGUAAGCAGCAUUGUGAGUUGUGCACAAUGGACCUUGACUGGAUUCACUGCCAAUCAAGAGACCAACCCGGGUCCUGCCACAGCCCCAUCUUGUCUCAAAUCUUUAAUAUGCAACAUUCGAGAUUUCGCGUCUUCUGGACUAGGAAACUCUUUAGAAAUCGAGCAGAACAAGGGUGAUUAUCUUCAAACAUCUUCGGAUACGAAUAGCCCACGAGUUACCGCCACAGCACCGACUGUGCUACUCAAUCGUCUUCAGAUGCUUCCUUAUCGCAUGGCCGAGAUAUUCGGGAAACCCGAUAAUGAACGAGAUGCCCCGGCUAUACUACUCGGCAUUGGAGCGUUGCUCCGAUACUCCAAUGAUUUACCAAAUGCGUGGCAAAGUAUAAGCGCAUGGUUAAACAAGACGACCGACCACUUCAAUCAUAUGGUUUCACUUCAAAAUCCAGCCGCACUUAUCGUGCUAGCCCACUGGGCGGCCAUUCUGUUUAAACGGACAGAAGUUUAUGAAUGCUGGUUUAUACAUGGCUUUUCAAGAGCAAUUGUUUUACUCAUUUCCGAACAUCUUUCUACGAACGAUGGAGUUCGAAGUUUGGUUGAAGGUUUGCUGGAGUGA